GAUCAAACCGUGUAUAUCAGGAGUUUUCCUCUCCUUUCGCUAUCAUUUUAUUCUAUCCGCACUGCUGUAUACCACUCAUAUACCGUCCCGUCUUCCAACACAUACACACGCACACACAUACGUUUCUUCUUGUGCAGCCACGAAGGCGGUACACUCGGUCUUCUGAGUGUGGCUUCUUUUAUUUGGUGGGGGGCUGACGCAGUUCACCUUCGUUUUGUUUUUCUUUUUUAAACGACUUUGCCCGUUUACGUUCAUCACGGCCUCUUUCUUGGCUAUCAAAUAUAUACACAUGCACACCGUUUGUCUUCCACCUUUGCGCUCUCUUGUUUUUUAGUGGACUCUGUCACGCGCCGGUAUCGUCGUGUGCUUUCAUGGGGUUUACGCUGCUCUGCUUGCUGUCUCACGUUUCCCAUUUACUUUAGCUUUAGUCUUGCUCUUUUUUUUUCCGUUUGUAUAUUUUCUCGUACACGAUCAACUCGCGAGUUUCUCAAAAGGCUUCUCAACUCCAAAUGAGCGCCUCAGCCACGACAACACCGGCCACCGGCGAGCGGUACUCCUUUUUCCGCAGCUACCAGUACAUCUGGACGCGACAGCGCCCCGAGCGCACGAGCGACGAGCUGACGGCGCUGCGUCGGCGCGAGGAGACGGCAGAGCACGGCGAUGCGGACGUGAUGACCUUUGAGGACCGCGUCGCCAUCCGCUCCCUGUUUUACGCUGUGGUGGAUGAUGCGAAUCUGCGAAACAUUCUUGAUGGCACCCUUCUCCCUCCUCCGUACUCCCUGCGCGAUUUGCGUGACAAGCGCUGGACAGAGAAGGACGUCAAAGCCAUCUGUGGUGUGCUAAACCCUUCUUUGGACCUCUUGGUGGUGAACCUGCCUUUCAACCUUGCCCUCCGCCUCGGUGCCUACGACGCACGGCUGCGUGCGGCGGCGAGGCGUCUCUCGUGGAUUCUCGCCGUCCCGUUCUCCCUCGUGGAGCUGAAAGAAAACGCUCUCGCGCAGCUCCGCACCUCCGUCGGCGCAAAUGCCGGCAGCGAUCUCGCCGCGGACACCGCUAAGCAGGAGCAGGUGCGUAGGAGCAAGGAGGAGCGGAAGCGCAGCUUGUCGCGCAUCGCCACGAUCGGCGGCUUUGCCGUGUUGGGCGGCGCCGCCCUCGUCGUCACCGGCGGGCUCGCCGCCCCGCUUGUGGGAUCAGCCUACGCCGCCCUCGUUGCCGCGACGGCCACCACCCUCGGCGCCAUCGGUGCGGUGGGCGGCGCGGUGUUGGGAACCGGAGCGCUGGCCGCCGCCUUUGCGGCGGUUGUCGGCGUCGCGACCCACGCGGCGGCGCUCGCGGCGGUCGUCACGCCCGCACUGACGGCGGCGAACUUGACGGCCAUCUUCGGCAUCACCGGUGCGUCGCUGAGCGGCUACAAGGCCUUCCGCCGCACCACCGAGUCGGACGUUUUCAUGCUGCGCUCCGUCGACGAGGUGGAGGCCUUUCAAAGCGGUGCCGGCUCGGCGGGCGGCGGUGACGACGGGGCUUCCGGUGGAGGUGAUGACGGCUGCGAAGAUCGCAGCGACGACAUGGUGAAGCGACUGGCCUCGUCGAACCAGGCGGUGCAGAGCGGCGGCUCGGUGGGGAGUUCCUGGGACCUGUCCGCCGUGGUCGAAGACAACUCACGGCCCGGCGUCGUUGUACCGGCGCACACCCGCGUCGUCGCCAUGGCACACGCGAACAACAUCUCCUCCAUCCGCCGCCGCCGCCGCCACGUUGUCUUUGCGGUGCAGAACAACCUGGAGGGGUUCGAACUCCGACUGAAAGCCAUUAAAGUUCUGUCGGGCCUGUGGGCCAUGACCCCUCCUGCACAGAUCGCACCGGGGCAGGCAGGCGUCUUCGCCUGCGUCAACCGCUUCGCUCACCCCACCGGCGCCGGCUUCAUCGUGUGCUACAUCGCGAUCCCGGUGCGGACCGCCAAGGCGGCGGCGGCGCUGCGGAUUUGGGUGCGUGCAGAGAGGGACUUCCUCGGCGCCUGGGCCCUGUCUGCGGCGUGCGAGACGGCGGAGCAAGACUUCGACCCAUCCGCCGCGGAGUACUGGAUGGACGAGCACCUCUCCUCCACCGGCGUGACACGCCGCCAGCAGGGGGUUGCACUGGAGGUGCACGUGACCCCGUUCACGUACUUGAAGCUGUACCCGGCGACGGCAGCGGCGAAGGCGCAGGGGCGACUCAUCACGUUUCCGGCGAUUGAGCUGCCACAGCGACAGAUCGAGUACGGCCACGACGUGAAGCAACGCCGCAAACUUGGCGUGUCCGUCGUGAACCGUUCCAUCCACACCGUACAAGUGCGUGACUUUGCGAUGGUAAACGGCGAACAGUGGUCGCAGACGGCGUCGCCCAUGACGGUCCACCCUGCCGAGGCGUCUCUCACGUACUUCACGAACAGCGGCUGGAGUCUCGAGGGGGCAGAGGGGUACUACAUUCUGGAGGUGGUGAACAACUACCGGGAGCCCGUCACCCCCAAGUACUACGUGCGGGUGCAGUUUGAGGUGAGUUCGCUCAACAACAUCAACGUCGCCUUCGCCUCCGCGUACAACAUAGGAGAGAUAAAAACGCAGCCGAUGAAGCCGGCGGCUCCCAGCAGUCUGCAGUUUAACGUGGAGCUGCCCGCUGGCCUUUUUCUCACUGCGAUCUGCAUCAUUGACCCCUCGCAGUACACGCUGCAGGUCAUCGUUCAGGACUUCGUGGAGAGGCCCAGUGGAGCAUCACUGCUGGAGAGCGAGAAGACCACCUUGUCCAUCGGUAUCAGCGGCUACUCCGCCGUCUUCGACCCACGUCGGCCGGUGCGAGAUCAGCAAGUUGGUCUCUGGCAGCCGGUGCUGCGCCGCAGUGAGCUGCUGGGCCCCACGGAGGCGUACUGUCUGCACUGGGAAGACGAGUACCUCAUGCGGUUCGGCGAGUCCAUUCACGUGAACCUGCACGUCGCCGACACCGUCACGAAGAAGGCCAUUGGCAAGGUGAAGAAGACAGUGAAGAAGGCGCUGACACAGGGGGCCCUCUUCACCGGUAUGCACGCCUUCGCCUCCUUCAUGGGGGCCUUCGAGCUGCCCCUCUACGCCGUCUGGGCCACCGACAUCAUCGACAACAACUUCGCGACGCUUUCCAACCGAUCGACGUACGCGGGGAAGGACCUGGCGGCUGUGCUGCUGGACCCGCAGCGCGGCAACCGACCCGUGACGCUGGUCGGCUUCAGCUUCGGUGCGCGUGUGAUCGUGGAGUGUCUGCGGGAGCUCGAGAAGGUGCGGGCGUACCACAUAGUGGAAAACGCCUACUUGCUGGGCAGCACCUGCAGCUCCGACCCCGAACUGUGGUGGCUGCUGCGGCGUGUCGUGGCCGGCCGCCUCAUCAACGUCUACACCCGUCAGGACUGGAUGCUGUGGACGAUGUACCGCCUCAACAAGACGGACCUGAAGCCCAUGGCCGGUAUCAACCCGGUGAACGUGCCGGGCGUGGAGAACAUCGACGUCACGCCUCUCAUCUCCGGCCACGGCGACUACGCAGCGAACCUGCUGCCGGUGCUGGCCGCCAUUCCCGCCGAACCCACGCCGGCCACGUGGAGUCCGCAGCAGCACAGCGGGUCACCAGGUGUCACAGUGGCGCUGAAAAGCUGCGAUUCGACCGUCGCCGCCGUGCGCAACUCGCUUCACUCCUACCUCACCUCUACCCCAUACAUGGCGGUGGGCUUGAAGAAUUGUCUCUUGACGGACAUCGCGCUCUACGAGCCGCAGAUUGAGCUGUUGAGUGUGCAGCUCUACGGCUGCUUCUUUGACUUUAUGCCACCACCGUUGACGAAGGCCGGCAUGGCGUCCGUCGCGGGCCUGCUCGGCGAGUCAGAGACGGACAUGGGGGCGGUGGUGGCCUUCCGCGUCAAGCUGCCGCCCGCCGCGCCGCGUGACCUGCUCGUGCUGCUGCUGCUCUCCAGCACGCCUGACGGGGACGUGCAGAUGUGUGUGCAGCCGAACCUGGUGGAGCGACGCGCCGCGUCGACCGAGCCGCCCACCGAGGCGUACGGGCGGCUGUGCACGAUUGCGGCGGAGACGUGCCGCGACCUCGAAGACGUGCGUCGGAUGUGCCGGCUGCACGGCGUGGACUGGGAGUCGCAGGGCAGCACGCCGUACCGGCUGAUGGUUCCGGUGGCACUGCCCGACACCGCGACCGACAAACACCGCACCGGGAGCGUCCGUCUGGAGCUGACGCGCACCGACGUCGGCGCGGCCACGCUGACGUUUCUCGGUCUCUUCACCGCGGGCAGCACGCAGCUGCAGCAGGAGCAAUUCGACGAACGGCAGUUCAAAUCGGGCUUCGCGGCUCUCCAAAGCGCCCGCCAAAACGGAAGUGACGGUGGACUGGGCGGCUGGAACGGGCUGCAGAUGCCGGUUGUGGCGGACACGCACAGCACGGACCACAUGCAGUCUCAGCUGCGCUCCAUUGCGGCAAAGCUGCAGGACCCCGACAAGCGUCCCUCGACCUCCACCACACCCUUCGUGCUCGUCAACUGUGGGACGACGCCGUUGUACUUUUGUGAAUCCUUCUACGACGAUAACGUCUCCAUCGAUGGUGACUCGCAGGACGCUCCUUCGUAUGAUGCCCUGCGAGCGCCGCGGUGGUCGCGGUUUCCGCCGCCAGAGAUUCCGCCCAACGGCUUUGCGGUGCCACUGCUCGUGAAAGGCGACGCCGCAAUGGACGCCAUCGGUGACGUGCGCCAAACUCUGCCGACGAUCCGCUACGAGACGAACAGAGGCGAGUGUGGAUUUGACAUCGACUUUUCGUCCACCACGCCGACGUCGGAAGCCACCACAACGGAGGCGGCGGCGGCGACCGUGCGAGACAGCGGUGGCGAUGCGCGGUGCACCGUCGUGAGCGGCCGUCCAGCGGUGGGCGAGGUGUCCGUCUUCCACUCCGACAUCGGCGGCGUCGGCUUCGUCAUGGUCAUGAUGACGCCCCGCUCCAUCAGCGAGACGGACAGCGGCGACGACGGCGCAGAGGGCGCAACGGUGCAGUCGCGGUUGCGCGAUCGCGGCUGGUACGUGGUGUAG